AUGAUAAUUAACUAUGUAAAUAAGCCUAAAGUAGUAUUAGAAGAUAAUAUUCCAUUCUUUCAUCCAAAUUUUUACAGUUGGUUUAAAGAAAAUUACGAGUUUAAUAAAAAUAGAAAAAAAAGAUCAAAAGAAGAAAUAGAAAAGGAAGAAGAAUUUGUUUUAUUUAAUUUUUUAAUAAAGAAAAAGAAAUAA